AUGUCCUCUGCUCAUGAUGCCACCACCAAGAUCUCCAUUGACAAGUUCGACGGCGACAACUACGCGACGUGGAGCCGCUACAUGCGUGGCGUGUUCCUGACCAAGUCGGCGUGGCACGUGGUGAACCGGGAGACCACCCCCACCUUCGCCGAUCCUCGCGCCAGUGACGACUACAUCAAGACGAACAACAUUGCGUUCGGCUUAAUGCUGCUGCACAUGAGCGCGGAUUAUCAUCACGUGGUUGAUGACUGUGAAGAGGCGUGGGUCGCGUGGGCGCGUUUGAAGACGCUGUACGGCGGGUCGCAGAAGGCUGGACGCAUCUACUUGAAGCGCCAGCUGCUCAGCAUGGAGAUGGCGGAAGGCGGCAAUGUGAUGCAUCAUUGCAACGAAGUCCUCAACGUCAGCGCGAAGCUCAGCAGCAUCGGCGCCAAGAUGGAGGACGAGGACGUGGCGAUCUGCUUGUUGCGCAGCCUCCCCAAGAGCUACGAGAACGUCGUUCUCAACUUGGAGAUGAGCAGCGCGGAACUGCGAUCGCGAGACGUCGUGAGAGUGCUCACGAAUGAGCACAUCAAGAGACAAGGUGACAAGACGACAUCGGUGAAGACUGAAGACGCGGCGGAGGCGUUCAGUGCCGAGCGUGAACCUCGCCAGUGUACAUACUGCGGAAAAUUGGGGCACACGGCGGAACGGUGCUGGACCAAGCAGAAGGACGAAAAUCAAGGUGGAGAUCGACGCGGCGGCAACAAUGCUCGUGGACGCGGAGCCAACAACGUUCAGUGGCGAACCAACAGCAACUACGACGACAACUACGAUCGAGUUGCGUUCGCGGUUUCGCUGGAGGCUGGACUUUCGACGGGCAAGAAUAUGCCAAGGAUGUGGGCAGUCGACAGCGGUGCGACGCAUCACAUCUGCAACGACAAAGCCAAGUUUGCAAGCCUGAAUGAGCGAGAGGAAGGCGAACUAUCAGUGGCUGAUGGCAGCAAGGCUGCGAUCAAGGGUGUGGAACCAUCAUGGAACGGGUGGUUCUGCCCAAUGGUGACGAACGCGACAUCGAGAUCAAGGACGCACUGUUCGUACCAAGUAUGA